AUGGACCCCAUGACAAUCAUCCUUUUCUACAAUGGAACAUGGGUAGACAGAUCAACAUACAAUGAUUAUGAAGUGGCAGGUAUACUAAUCCCAAUAAAAUGUUCGUAUAAUGUUCUUGCACAGGAGAUCUAUGAAACCUUAUCAAUAGACAGAAACAAGUAUGGAAUUACAGUGAAAUUUCAAAUUAAAGAAGGGAUACCACCUAUAACUAUCAAAGAUGACAAUGGAUGCAAGUUCUACCAUCAAAUAAGGAAGAAAAAUGAUGACGAAACAAGAUACCCUUUGAUGGUAAACACAUUUGAAUCAUCAACAUCACCUGAAUGUCUUGCCAGCAACAAUUAUUUAGAAAUUGGAGAAACAAGUAUGCAGUGUACUGAACAGUUACCAACAAGAACUAAAUAUGCACAAUUGGUAGCAGAUUAUGCUUAUGAGCAUGCACAACAAGCACUGCAAACAAGUUCAGAGAUAGACCAAGUAAUUACAAAUCCUCAAAUUGAAAAAAUACAUGUUGGCCAAGUCUUUUCAAACAAGGAAACACUGAAGAAUGCAAUCAGCCUAUACUCAAUUAGACAAAACCAGCCAUUCAAGGUGAAUAGAUCAUCAACUCUUGACUAUAAAAUUGUUUGUGUUGAUGAAAAUUGCAAGUGGAGUUUCCUCGCUUCAAAACAUGGAAAAACAAAAAUGUUCAAAGUUAGGAAGAUAAAAUAUGACCAUACAUGCUCGUUAGAUAUCACCUCCGGAAACCAUCCUCAAGCCACAAGCAACCUAUUUGGGCAUGUGAUAAAAAAAAAAAUUGUCAACCCAAAAAGAAACUACACUCCAAAUAAAAUUGUAGACGACAUUGCAGAUGACUAUAGUGUCUCAGUUUCCUACCAAAAAGCAUGGAGAGCAAGAGAAAAAGCUAUGGUGGAUGUUAGACGCUGCCCACAAGAAUCGUAUGGCGAAAUACCAUUAAUAUUAUACAUGAUGCAAAUAUCCAAUCCAGGAACAAUCACAGAUCUUGUUACUGAUGAAGAUGGUAAAUUCAAGUAUCUAUACUUCGCUAUAGGAGCUUCAAUCAAAGGUUGGCAACAUUUCACCCCAAUAAUAGUCACAGAUGGUACAUUCUUGACAAACCAAUAUGGAGGUACUCUAUUGACUGCAAAUGCACAAAAUGCAAAUCGGCAUAUAUUUCCACUUGCAUGCGCAAUAGUGGAUUCUGAAAAUGACAACUCCUGGAAUUGGUUCAUGCAAAAAAUAAAAGAAACAUAUGGAGAAAGAGAAGGACAAUGCAUAAUCUCGGAUAGGCAUGAGAGUAUAUACAAAGCAACAAAGUCAAACUUCCCACUCCUAAUGCAUGGGGUAUGUUGCUAUCACUUGCUCAAAAAUCUAAAAAUGAAAUUCAAAAAAGGAGGUGAUGAGCUCAAACAUGCAUUUGAUGGAGCUUCGAAAGCUUACACUAUAGAAGAAUUUGAGAAAUGCAUGCAAGAUUUGGACAACAUUGACUUAAGAAUAAGAGAUUUCUUAGCCAAUGAAGUUGGAUAUGAUAAAUGGACAAGGCUAUACAGCAUGAAUAAAAGAUACAAAACAAUGACAUCAAACAUAGCAGAGUCAGUGAAUGCAGCUCUCAAAUCAGUAAGAGAAUUACCAGUUGCAACCUUACUAGAAUGUCUACACUCUUUGGUACAAAAAUGGUAUUGGGAAAACAAAAAUAGAGCCUUGAAAACGGAGACUACUUUGGCAAAUAUUCCAGAAAAGGCUCUCAAGAAAUAA